ACAUUACCUGUUUCCUGGCUUAAACUUGGGAGAAAGAGGCGAGUGUGAGAAGAGAAGCUGCAAAAAUGCCGUUCAUAUCCAAGAUACAAAGACAAUCAGAUUACAGCUUCUUCCCUUCUAGUUGCCCCAUCGUCAUCGACAAUGGCGCCUCCUAUUUCCGGAUUGGAUGGGCUGGAGAGAGUGACCCCCGUGUUAUCUUCCGGAACAUUGUCCAAAGGCCUCGCCAUAAAACUACGGGUGAAACUGUCACUAUUGUUGGUGAUCAUAAUCCUGCACUAUUGAAAUAUUUUGAUUGUACGCGAUCAGGCCCUCGCUCAGCAUUUGAUAACAAUGUUGUUUAUCAGUUUGAGAUAAUGGAAUAUAUUCUUGACUUCGGGUUUGAUCGAUUAGGUGCAGACCAGUCGCAGAUCAACCAUCCUGUUUUAAUUACCGAGUGUGCUUGCAAUCCAGUCCAAUCUCGCAGUAAAAUGGCAGAGUUGCUUUUCGAGUCCUAUGGAGUACCCUCAAUAGCAUUUGGUGUAGAUGCUUCUUUCAGUUAUAAAUAUAAUCAAAAGCUUGGGAUUUGUGAUAAAGAUGGGCUUGUAAUCUCCUCAGGGUUUAAUACAAGCCAUGUUAUCCCGUUUGUCAAUGGAGAACCUCUAUAUGAAGCAUGCUGCCGAACAAACGUUGGUGGAUACCAUGUCACUAAUUAUUUAAAACAACUUCUUUCACUUAAAUAUCCUCAUCACAUGCCUAAGCUUACAUGGGAGAAGGUUGAAGACUUGAAGAUGGAACACUGUUACAUUGCAGCAGAUUAUGCUUCAGAGGUUCGACUAUUUCAGAAAGGAAAUAAGGAAGCUGAAGAAAAAACUAGGUGUUGGCAGCUUCCUUGGACUCCAUCACCGGUCGAGGAGCCCCCAUCAGAAGAAGAAAUUGCUAGAAAAGCCGCUUUAAAAGAGAAACAAAGUCAAAGGUUGCGAGAGAUGGCGGAAGCAAAGAGAUGCUCUAGAAUAAAUGAACUUGAAAAUGAAGUAAAAGGUUUUGAACACCUCUUAAGGGAGCUCAACCAUGUCGAGGAGGAUGAUAUACCUUCUUUUGUUGCAAGCAGAGGCUAUGCCUCUAAACGAGAAAUAGAAUCUGCGCUUUCAAAAGCAACCCAGUCUCUAAGAAAAGCUAAGGGUGAGCAAGUUCCAAAUGAUGAAAAAGUUGACUCUUCCUCAGCUGAAAAAUAUUACCUCAUUGACGUUCCUGAUGAUCAGCUUUCAGCUGAGCAGCUCAGGGAGAAAAGGAAACAGGUCUUUAUGAAGGCAACCACUGAGGCCCGGGAACGAGCUAAACAGAAGCGUAUGGAAGAGGAAUUAGAAAGAGAAAGGGAGAAGAAACUAGAGGAAGAAAAGCGCUUAGAAAACCCAGAGCGUUAUUUGGAGCAGUUGCGUACAAAAUACAAUGAGCUUUCGGCGAAAAUUGAGCAACGAAAACGGCAGAAGAUCAAUGGUGAUAAUGCAAAUGGAAAUCAUAAUGUCUCUGGAGGUGUUGGCCGGGGUGAGAGAUUGAGUGCACAGCAAAGGGAGAGGAUGCGCCUACUAACAACAGCGGCAUUUGAUCGAGGGAAGGGUGAAGAUACUUUUGGUCAGAAAGAUGAAGAUUGGCAACUCUACAAGCUAAUGAGCCGAGAUAAUGAUGACGAUGAUGAUGAGAAGCCAGAUCCAGAAGAAUCAGAGUUGGCUCGCAUCUCUUCUAGACUUCAAGAGAUAGACCCAAAAUUUUUCCCAAAGUCGGAAUCAGGGUCCUCCGUAUCAGAGGCACCCCGUUUUCGUCCUCUCACAAAGGAGGAUUUCCAGAUUAUUCUUGGAGUAGAAAGAUUUCGGUGCCCUGAAGUUCUAUUUAGCCCAAACGUAAUUGGGAUUGACCAGGCCGGGUUGGAUGAAAUGGUUGGUGUGUGCUUAAGGAGGAUGUCAUCUAGGGGCCAAGCCUUGGAGGAGAGAAUGACGAAUUCAAUCCUUAUGACCGGUGGGAGCUGUCUCUACCCGGGCAUGGCUGAGCGCUUGGAAGCUGGAAUUCGAAUGAUAAGGCCAUGUGGAACGCCUAUACGAGUUCUCAGAGCAUCAGAUCCAAUUCUCGAUGCUUGGCGAGGUGCUGCUUCUUAUGCUGCUAGUAUGCAUUUUCCACAUCAGACAUUCAGUAGGAUGGACUACUAUGAAAAGGGUGAAGAUUGGCUUCCCAGAUACCAAUUCAGAUACACACUCUAAUUUUCCUUAGGAGUGAUAGGUUCUAAGCAAAGUACUAACACUCCAUGCCUUUUUCUCUAAAUUGGGUUUUCACCAUUUCCCAGUAAGUGUUAGGCAUAUCUUUUAGGGGCAGUUUGGUUCGCAGAAUGUCUGAUUACUCAUACUUCUCAUGUGCAACCGUACGUUCACAUCGAGUAUGUACAAGUUUCAAUUGAAGCUUUUUGGUCUAAUUCUUGAUCCCGGAUCCCUUUAGUUUCUA